AGGAAUGAGCAUGGACAAACGCAACAUUACAUCAAGUUUUUGAAGUAAAUAAGCAAAAUGGAUGCAGAAAUGAUUCUUCACAUGAAUGCAGCAGAUCAUGAAAUUAGCUAUGCUAAUAAUUCAUCUUUUCAGAAACAAGUAAUAUUGAAAAUAAGGCCAAUUAUUGAAGAAUCUAUCACAGAUGCAUUCAAGAAGAUUGUUCCAGUUUGUAUGAAGGUGGCAGACUUGGGUUGCUCUUCAGGUCCUAACGUCUUCUUGGCUAUAUGGCACAUUAUUGACACCGUUCAUGGGAUAUGUCAACAAGAACAGUUGAAGUUACCCGAGUUUGAAGUGCUUCUAAAUGAUCUCCCAGAGAAUGACUUCAAUUUUGUGUUUAAGUCAAUUCCUGGAUUCUAUGAGAGGCUUAAGAAAGAGAGAGGAGAUAUGUUGCAGGAAAGGUGUUUUAUAGGAGGAGUUGCAGGUUCUUUCUAUCACAGACUCCUUCCAACCAAAAGUUUGCACUUUGUGCAUUCUUCCUAUGGGAUUCAUUGGCUCUCAAAGGUCCCUGUUGGACUGGAGGACAACAAGGGGAACGUAUACAUGGCAAGAUCAAGUCCUCCCAGUGUUUUCAAAGCUUAUGCAGACCAAUUUCAGAAAAACUUCACAAAUUCUUCACGAAUUUGGUCACUCUUUAAUGGGGUUGGAAAUAAUUUCCAAUUUGGUCCCUAUUCCUUUUCUCGCAUUUUAUUUUAGUCAUUUAUUCUGCUUUAUUAUUUAAUUUAUUUAAUUUAUUAUGAUUUAUGCUUUUAAUUUCAUUUAAAUUCCAAUUCAGUCCUUUAUUUAUUUAAUUUCACCCUUUUAUGAACUAUUUU